GUGUCUUGGGCUGCCCACGGACUUGCCUUCAUGCUAUCUUGAACAUACUGGAGAAGGGUACCGAAACAAGGAAUGGGCCUACAGCAGUUCAUGAAUCUCCUCAUCUUGCAGAACUCUGUUACCAGGUGAUCUAUCAGUUGUGUGCAUGCUCUGACACAUCAGGUCCAACUAUGAGAUAUCUGAGGACCAGUCAGGAUUUCUUAUUCACUCAGCUGCAGUAUUUGCCAUUUUCUAUCAAAGAACAUGAGAUUUCAACACUGAACCAAAUGUCUUGGUUGAUGAAGACUGCAGCUAUAGAAAUGCGAGUGACAUCGCUGAACCGCCAGCGCUCCCACACACAGAGACUGCUGCAUCUGCUGCUUGAUGACAUGCCUGUGAAACCAUACUUGGCUGAUGGUGAAGGAGGGAUGGAAGAUGAAAGUCGAUCAGUCAGUGGGUUUCUCCACUUUGACACUGCUUCCAAAGUACGCAGGAAGAUCUUAAGUAUCCUGGAUUCAAUUGACUUCAGUCAGGACAUUCCAGAGCCUUUACAACUGGAUUUUUUUGACCGGGUUCAGAUUGAGCAAGUCAUUGCUAAUUGUGAGCACAAGAAUGCACGUGGACAAGUGGUCUGCAAUGUCAAG